UUUUUUUUCUCCCCUUUAAACGGCGUCGUCUUCCAAAACCUGAAAACAAUCGCUUCUUUCUUUCUUCUUCCCAAGCGCCGGCCGAUUUCAAUCCAUUUUGCUACGAAACACAGCUUCAAUCUCUUCUUCUUUCUUAUCUUCGAUUUCAAGUUCAUAUGGCUACUGUUUCUUUGUUCUUCAGAUGAGCGAGCCAGGAACCAGAACCAUGUACUACUAGUAAUAGAAUAAAUAGAAAGCCUUGGGAACUUUGUUUUUGCCAUUUUAUCCAAUUCACAUCUUUGUUGGGCUUCUAGAGUUUUUGAACAUCAUGAGUUCAGGUGGAGCAUUUGGAGGUAACAGAGGAUUAAGACCAAUACCACCAGAAAAGGGCAUUUUCCCUUUGGAUCACUUGCACGAAUGUGAUGCUGAGAAGAAAGAGUAUCUUGGUUGUCUUAAGUCUUCAGCUCAUAAAUCUGAACAAUGUAGACAUCUCUCUAAGAAAUAUCUCCAGUGUCGAAUGGCUAAGAACUUGAUGGCAAAACAGGAUAUGGCUGAACUUGGAUUCAGUGGUGUUAAAGAAUUGGAUUCCUCUGAAGAUAAGAAUAAAGAGAGUAUCCAACAUUGAAACUUGUGAUUCAGUGGUGAGCCUCAUUUUGUAGAAUUUUGGAAUUGAACAUUGAGAUAGCAUUCAUUUUAAGAUUUAGGUCCUAAAACCCAACUCACUCUCAAAGUAUAUGCUUCACCGAUAUUGAUACGUACAUCAUAUUGGGUGAAUCAAAGUACUAUACAAAACAUCAAACAGUAGCAAAAGUAUCAGGGAGGAAGGUGGUGGUGUGUGUGAGUCCUCCUUACUUUGAAUGAUGUGCCUUAUUUAUGCUCUUAUUCUUCUGUAGACUUUUUGGGCUUAGAGAAUAUUAAGUUUGUUGACAUUAUAGUCCAUUGUGAUUUCCUCUCAUUUACGGUGAAACUUAGGAAUAAUGUGUAUUUUUUUUUUUUGUUUACACUAUAUAAUUUGUCCUCCUAGACCAGUUUGUUUGUUAGGUAAUUUGUUAUUAAACUCCUUACAAAGAAAUGUCAUCAUACGUUUGGUCGA